CACGAAUCCCGGAAAAGAUGCAGAGGAAACGCAAAUACAGUCAUACACAACCUUCCAUCUUCAAUCCAACUUUAAACCAUGAACAACCUUCGAUCCCCACUCCAACCUCAACCCCUCCCGUCGUUCCAUCAGAUGUUGAAAGAGCUUUUUCUGGCGAGCUGGUUGGCCCAAGCUUGGCAGUCAGUCAGGAAUAUAAUGAGGCCCAGAUUAGCAGAGAGUUGAACUCGGAACAGGCAUUGGGUCAACUCAAUCCUGAUAUCUUUACCAAUAAUCCAGAAGAAAUCCCAAACCACCCACUGCGAUUCAAAUCAGACAUAGAACAUCCGGGUUGCUGCACAUCAGUCGGCACCCUUUCAGAGCCGCUUCUGCAAGAAUUUAGCUCGGAUUUUGACAAGGCGUUGAAAGUGUACUCUAAGACCUUGAGUCGACUUUCAACGCUUAUCAAGCACCCCAGCUUACCAUUUGGAUUGACGGGUCUUGUUUCAGAUUCAACCUGGUUAACAAGGGUUCUAAGCGAAUCAAGUCGGGGGACCAAGACUCAACAAAGACGGGUGUUGUGCUUCCUUUUUAGAAUGUUGAUUUCAUGGACCUACGAGUUCCUCGAACAGACUUUAAACCAUUUCGACGCACCUAUCUUUGCGUACAGAAUUCACCAAAGAAGAUUCUUGGGAUGGCUGCGGGAGCAAAUCUUCCCAUCCCGUACUACAAGUAACACUGACAAUAAACAUAUUCGUAUCUUCCAAUUCAUUCGACCGCCAUGUCCGACUUGGGAAAAGGACUUCUCUGACGGCUCUCUGGGCCUGACUCAAAUACAUUUGAUCAAUUUCUUUUCCACCAACAAGGACAACACUGAACUGGCAAAAGUAACUGCUGCCUAUCUUGUUGAAACUUACUUAGCCAAUAAAGAAAGUGGGUCUUCUUGA